AUCGGAGCCGAAGUGACGAUUUCAGGCGGUCUUUUUUAACUUUCACCGAUAAGCCGUAAUGUAACGUAAUAAGAUUAUCGUAAUUUUUUACAAGUUGUUCGGAUCCUUCAUUGCAGUGGUGAAGGUUAAGCUAUUGCUUGCUACCGUGCUUUCGAGUGCCGACACACCGAGAACAGAUUGAAGCUUUUCUGUAAUACGAAGGCAAAUCGGAGAAUCGGCAUCGAAAUAAUAUCACGAUGUCGCAUGGCCGAGGUGGAUCGGGUGGCGGGAGAAGAAAUCGUGGUCAAAACUUUGGGCACAAAAAUAGUAAGAUUCUUGUUGGCGACAAAGGACGGGAAGUACUGGAGAGCAUAAAUGAAAACUCUCUAGUGAUAAAGCAAUUUCGAGGAUACGCCGCUGAAUUGGACAGUAAACACGAUCGUUACGAGGCUAUAGUGAAACUGAGCCGUGACAUCACCAUUGAGAGUAAGAGAAUUAUAUUUCUUCUCCAUACGUUCGACAAGGAGAGCAAGCGGGACGCGGUUCUCGGAGAAGCCAAAACCCGACUCGAGACUCUGGCUAAGACUUUGUUCAAGAGCAUUGCUCAGGAGCUGGAUGGACAGAACCCGUUUCAGUAUCUGCGAGCUUAUACGGCGGGUAUUCAGGAAUACAUAGAGGCGGUUACCUUUUACCAAUAUCUUGAGAGCAAUAAGCUGGAUGACUGGAAGGACUUGGAGAGAUCUCUGAUCUAUGUUGUUCCUUUCGAACCAAAAAGUACCCCUCAGGAACCAGCGCUAGAAGGAUCGGCCUGCACUUCCAGAGAAAUCAGUACCAUGCUAACGCCGCAUGAAUACAUAUUGGGUAUAGCCGAUCUCACCGGAGAGCUAAUGCGAAAGUGUAUAAGCAAUUUGGGAACAGGUGACAUAGCGAGUUGUUUCCAAACCUGCAAUUUUGUCAGAAGCAUCUACAUAGGGUUCCUUGGUUGUGUCGGCUCGUCCGGUAAAGAAAUAAACAGGAAAUUGUACACUUUGAAGCAGAGUUUAAUUAAAAUGGAGAACGUUUGCUACACCGUCAAGGUUCGAGGCUCUGAAAUACCGAAACAUAUGCUUGCCGAUGUAGCUAUCGGAGCAUCUAAUGAAUAUGCAACCGAAGACGACGAAGGGUAUCAUCCGUUUUAACCAUUAACAACGGCGAGAUCAAUAAACGUACUGAAUGGCAUUUUGCGAACUUUAUCAGGUCUUAAAUAUUUGUACAGAUAUCGAACUGAACCAUUAAGUGGCAGGAGUCUAUAAAAAAAAUUGGCACAUGAUUAGUAAAAAAUGAGAUUUAUUAUUAAAAUACAUUUGUACAAGUUUUUCACUAGCACCGACAAUUUGAAUACAAGUACAAUACAAAUCAAGACACUUAAGGUU